AUGGGAGAACCUAGGCAAAUUUCAUUCAAUGUCUCGGAUCAUUAUAAGAUUAUAGAGAUAGUAGGCGAAGGAGCGUAUGGGAUAGUUUGUUCAGCUAUUCACAAGCCAUCAGGACAAAAAGUUGCAAUUAAGAAGAUAAUACCAUUUGAGAGAACGAUGUUUUGUUUAAGAACAUUACGAGAAUUGAAGUUAUUAAAGCAUUUUAACCACGAAAACAUUAUCAGUAUAUUGGAUAUCCAAAAGCCAGCUAGCUAUGAGCAGUUCAACGAAGUGUAUCUUAUCCAAGAGCUAAUGGAGACGGAUUUGCACCGAGUUAUCAAGACACAAAAGUUGAGUGAUGAUCACUGCCAGUAUUUCAUUUACCAGACAUUGAGAGCAUUGAAGGCGUUACACAGUGCGAAUGUAUUGCAUCGAGAUUUGAAGCCAUCGAAUUUGCUAUUGAAUGCCAACUGCGAUUUAAAGAUCUGUGAUUUUGGAUUGGCCAGAUCCGUGGCGUCGUCAGAGGAUAAUUAUGGGUACAUGACAGAGUAUGUUGCGACCAGAUGGUAUCGAGCACCAGAGAUCAUGUUGACGUUUCAGGAAUACACCACAGCUAUUGAUGUUUGGUCAGUGGGAUGUAUAUUGGCAGAGAUGAUCAGUAGCAAGCCAUUGUUUCCUGGACGAGACUACCACAACCAGUUGUAUUUGAUUAUGGAUGUGUUGGGGACGCCCUCGAUGGAAGAUAUUCGGGAUAUCAAGUCGAGAAGAGCAAGAGAGUAUAUUAGAUCGUUACCAUUGAAGAGGAAGGUUGCAUUGAAUGAGAAGUUUCCCAAUUCGAAUCCGUUGGCGUUGGAUUUGUUGGAGAAGUUGUUGACGUUUAAUCCAGUGAAGCGAAUCAAGGUGGAAGAAGCGUUGACACACGAGUACUUGAAGUUGUAUCAUGAUCCGAACGACGAGCCGGUUGCAAAUCCUAUACCUCGCAAUUUUUUUGACUUUGACAAGUAUAAGGACAAGUUGUCGAUCGAGCAGUUAAAGAAGUUGUUGUAUGGUGAGAUCAUGGCGCCCUUACCAUAUUAA